UGCAAAGUCGAGAGUGAUGCACUAUUUAAAAGGAGGUAACAAGUAAGAUGGAUCGGGCUUUUGGGAGUGGAUGAGCGUGAACGUAAGAGGGUGUGACGAUGCCAAGAUGAUGAAAAUGCGAGCGGGGAGGGAUGGGGAGGCGAGCUACCGGAUCUGCGCACGCGCGCUUGCUUGCUGGGGAAGCAAGUUGGCGAGAGGGGUGUCUCUCAUCCCUUCGGAACGACCCACGAGCUUGCGAAAGUGGAUGCUGAAGAUGCAAUUUUUGGAGUGGAACGACGAAAGCAAAACAAAAGCAAGGGGGCAAAAAGCAGAUACAGCAAAGCAAAAGAAAAGGGGCGGAAAGAAAGAAAAAGAAACAAGAGCACCAAAUGAGAAAAGCGCUUUGAAAAUCACGCUUAUCAAAGAAGCACCAGAACGAGGUAUGCACGAUGAAUUUCAGAAUUAACCACCCCUGCCACUCUCCAAACAAAAAGAAGUCAAAUACUAAAUCAAGCGAAACACCACAUCCUCAAACUUCAAAAUCUCAAAACGCUUUUCACCACACAGCACACGAUAUCACCAACCCCCCCGUCCCUCCUCUGCUCUUCCAAGCCCAAGCCCAACCUCAAGCCCAAGCGAAUACUCCUCCCC